AUGUUCUACGUGGCAGAGAAUGUCAAUGGGGAUAUAUGUGCUUGUGACGUGAACGCCAGGGCCGUUGUUGUGGUCAACAAGAAGGGGAAACUCCGAUACACAUGUAAAGGAAUGCAAACGAUGGAAGGAAAGUUUAUUCUAUGUACCAUUAUUACGGACGCCAUGGAUCAUAUCCUGGUGGGUAAUAAUGGAAAUAAAUGCAUCAUUAUCAAUCAGCACGGGCAGUUUCUCCGUAGUCUGGAUAACUAUGAUAGAUUAAGUAUUGACGAUCUAGGACGACUCUGGGUGGGGGAAUCUGGAGGUAAUGAGGUGAAAGUCUUCAAAUAUACCGAAUAG